AUGUUGUUAUUAAACUCUCUCUCUACCCUAGCUGUUCGCUCUUGCGGAAAACGGGCUUGUUUGAAAAGCGCCCUUUAUCGCAGGACAAGCACACUGUCAACUGCGGUAGACAUUGAGAAUUACAUUGGCCAGUCUGGUCAUAAGUAUAAAAUCCAACGCGUACUUCAGGAAGAGACGUUCCCCCAACGUCAGGUUUACCUUGCCACCGCUGGCGACCAAAGAUUCAUAUUGAAGUAUAUCCACCCAGUUAAUUUCGAAGAUCUCCAAAAUAUAAAUGAUACGCUACGCCGCAACGGUGCCAGCCAUGUUCGUCUUGCCCAGGACACCAUCCUCAAGAAGUCAAUGUUCGUUUUUGAAUACUUUGCGGAUCAUCUUCUACGCCUUGCUCAGAAGGACUUGCCCCUUAAAGUGACAAAGAGGAUCCUUAAAGAUGCCCUUUAUGGAAUUGCAGAACUCCAUGAUCAAGAUAUUGUCCAUACAGACAUUAAGGCGGACAAUGUUUUCGUCAACUGGAAAGAUCACCAUGAUGGAAUCGUAAUCGAGCGAGUGCUGAUUGGGGAUCUCGAAGAUGCCGCGCAUAUCCCUCCUGGAUGUGAUAUGAUCGGGAAACAGGCAGGGAACUGGAUGUGGAGAAGUCCUGAAGCCCAUGCCCAAGGACGUGUUAAUAAGCCCUCUGACAUUUUCUCUUUUGCUCUUCUCUGCAUUUUUGCGCUGCAUAAACGCGUCAUCUUUGCGGUUGGGGAAGAGGAGUUGGAUGAGGGCGUGGAUCCAUUGGCCAUUGUACUUGAGCGCCAGAUCUCCUACUUUGCGGAUGAAGACGGUCUGACUGGGCUUUUGAGACAUCUUGGCGAUAGUCCCUGGGUUCGCGUUUUCGAGGUAAUUCGGGACGGUUUUACUAAAGAAAACCCGCGCAAACCGUUCGCCCUUUGGAAGGGUAUUGAUGACGAUUUUAAAAGUCUUAUUUGCGCCAUGACGAAUUUUGACCCAGAAAGGAGAAUCACGGCCCACGAGGCAUUGGCACACAAAUGGUUUAAAGGUGUUUAA